GGGGGAGGAAAUCCAAGCGCCGCUUUUCUCAGCCCGGCCCCUCCGUGGAGUCGUUUUGCUCCACCGCUGCUCCCUCCGGCAGCUUCUCUCCCAUCCCGGGGGCGGUGGCGGUGCUGAUCUCCGGUUAUCCCGGGAUCCCGGUCCCCCCGGGCCGGCCCGGGGAUGCGGUGGCUGUGCCGAUGGUGAGCCGCCGGCACCAUGCCGCCCCGCCCGCCCCCGACAUGUUCGAGGGCUGCCGGCGGGCGCGGAGCCUGUGGGGCGGCGUGAGGUUGGAGGUGGCCGGGGAGAACAGCCCCGUAGUGCUGCACAGCUUCACCCAGCUCGACCCCGACCUGCCGCCGCUGGAGAGCUCCACACAGGAGAUUGGAGAAGAGCUGGAGGAUGGUGUAAUCUACAGCAUAUCACUGCGCAAAGUGCAGCUCCAUCACACAGCCAACAAGGGGCAGCGGUGGCUGGGGUUUGAGAAUGAGUCGGCCUUAAACCUCUAUGAGACGUGUAAGGUGCGGACGAUAAAAGCUGGGACCUUGGAGAAGCUGGUGGAGUACCUGGUUUCAGCCUUCAAGGGCAAUGAUUCCACCUAUGUCACCAUCUUCCUGUGCACUUACCGAGCCUUUGCCACCACCAAGCAAGUGCUGGAUCUGCUGCUCAACAGGUAUGGCAAACUGCACGUGCAGACAAACGGGGACCACGCCAGGCACGUUGUGGAUGAGAGGAUGGAGCUGAAGAACACCAUCUCCUCCAUCCUGGGUGCUUGGCUGGACCAAUAUUCAGAAGACUUUCGCAAACCCCCGGACUUUGCCUGCCUCAAGCAGCUCAUCUCCUACGUGCGUCACAACAUCCCUGGUUCGGAUCUGGAACGCCGAGCCCGCAUCCUGCUGUCCCAGUUCCAGCAGCAGGAACAGAGCGAGGCCGAAGCAGAAGCUGUGGAUCAUGGUGGCUGCACGUUCCAGCUGGUGGAGGAGAAUGGGGUUGGGGAUGGGAAGUCAGAUUUCCUCUCCUUCUCCCCUGAGAUGGUGGCAGAACAAUUCACACUAAUGGAUGCUGAGCUGUUUAAGAAAGUGGUGCCUUACCACUGCUUGGGCUGCAUCUGGUCCCAGCGAGACAAGAAAGGCAAAGAACACCUGGCACCCACCAUCCGUGCCACGGUCUCGCAGUUCAAUAGCGUGGCCAACUGUGUCAUCGCCACGUGUCUUGGGGACCGGACCCUGAAGCCACAGCAGAGGGCUAAAGUGGUGGAGCGGUGGAUCGAAGUGGCUCGGGAAUGCCGCAUCCUGAAGAACUUCUCCUCGCUCAGAGCCAUCCUUUCAGCUCUGCAGUGCAAUGCUGUGCACCGGCUGAAGAAGACCUGGGAUGAGGUCCUGCGGGAGAGCUUCCGCACUUUCCAUGAGCUCUCAGAGAUCUUCUCCGAUGAGAACAACCACUCCUUGAGCCGAGAGCUGCUUAUUAAGGAGGGCACGUCCAAAUUUGCCACCUUGGAAAUCAACCCAAAGAGGGCCCAGAAGCGGCAACAGCAGCAGCGAGAGAUGGGUGUGAUGCAGGGCACCAUUCCUUAUCUCGGCACCUUCCUCACGGACCUGGUGAUGCUUGACACUGCUAUGAAGGAUUUCCUGGACGGAGGGCUGAUCAACUUUGAGAAGAGAAGGAAGGAGUUUGAAGUCAUCGCCCAGAUCAAGCUGCUUCAGUCAGCCUGCAACAACUACAGCUUCACUCAGGAGGACCAUUUUGUGGACUGGUUCCAUAGCCUGGAGCGGCUCAGUGAGGCUGAGAGCUAUGGGCUGUCAUGCGAGAUUGAGCCACUGUCUGAGUCAGCCAGCAACACGCUGAAGGCGAAGAAGAACACAGGAAUCAUCAAGCGAUGGAGCGACCGGCAGCCAGCCAGCACUGAGCCCUGUGCCAGCGGCAGUUCCCACUCCAAGUCCUUCGACCAGCUCAAGUGCGGGCAGUACCUGUGCAGUGGGGAUGCCACUGACUCAGUCAGCGUCACCUCCGCCGGCUCCAGCAGCUCCGAUGUGGAGGAGAUCAACAUCAGCUUCAUCCCUGAGUCCCCAGACUGCCAGGAGAAGAAGUUCUGGGAAUCCACCUCUCUCUCCUCCCUGGACACGUCGGGCAUUGGCUCAGGCUCCAGCAGUGCCUCAUCCUCCUCCGUCUCCUCCACACCGGUGACAGCAUCCCGCACUCACAAGCGCUCCGUCUCCGGCAUCUCCAGCUACUCGUCCCUCUCGCUGCCCCUUUACAACCAGCAGGUCGAUGACUGCUGUAUCAUCCGUGUCAGCCUGGCUGUGGACAACGGCAACAUGUACAAGAGCAUCCUGGUGACGAGCCAGGAUAAGACACCGGUUGUUAUUCGUAAGGCCAUGGCCAAACACAACUUGGAUGGGGACCGGCCUGAAGACUACGAGCUCGUUCAGAUCAUCUCAGAGGAGAGAGAGCUGAAGAUCCCCGACAACGCCAAUGUCUUCUAUGCUAUGAACUCCGCUGCCAACUACGACUUCGUGCUCAAGAAGCGGGGUUUCUCCAAGGGGGUGAAGAUCAAACACGGCUCCAGCUCCACCCUGCCCAGGAUGAAGCAGAAAGGCCUGAAGAUCGCCAAAGGCAUCUUCUAGCCUUAGCCCCACUGCCACCCCUCACCGACGGGGCCUUGGGGGCAGGCUGUAGGCAGGCCUGGUGCUGCUGGCAGAGCCAGGAGUGAUGUUCGCACACACCGAGAGCCGCUUCGGCGCCUGGCAGCCCUUCCGCCUCUCUCUGCACAAGCUCCCGUUUCAAUCAGGUCUUAUGUUUUUCUACACAGGAAGGCAGCAGGGAGGAAUCUCUCUCUUUUCUUUUUCUUUUUAAACCUUCCACGGUGCGACACUCGUCCAGUCACCGGCCUGCCCAGAGCAGGAGCCCACCUCUCUGCCGUAGGUGCCUUGUGUCCGCGCGAGCCGGGGAGCGGCGGCUUGGAGGGGCCCUUUGUGAGGAGCAGCACAUGAGCCACUGCCACGUGAGCUGGGAUGGAUGCUCCCCUUCUUCGGCACUGGUUUACCCCCACGUCCUUCCCUGGAUCACCUGGCAUUGCCACCACCGCCUGUCCGUGACCUGGGAGAAGCUGUGCUGGAAAGGAUGCAGCCCCACGCCGGUGCCUCAUGGACCAAGGGCUGCUGUUGAUGACUGGAAGCCUCCACGUGGUCUUGCUCCUCUCCCCAAUCCAGCUGCCGGCCCGCGUUCAAACCUGCACCAAAGAUCAAAUGCCAGUGUCCCUUCUGCAGGCAGGAAAGCUUUGCGUGCACCCCCGUGCCCCCAUAGCUGCCAGCCGAGCCAGGAGGAGGAGGAGGAGAGCAGACUGCUGUCCAAAUUUGUGUAAAUAGAGACCUUGUGUCUGCAUGGGCAGGCAAGGAGUCAGAGAGCUGGGGAUGCUCCGGCUGCCACCGCCUGACCCACAGAAAGUGCCACUCACCUUGGGCUUUAACCUGACUUUUUCAAACACUGACUAUGGGAGAAGCAGUGAUGAGACUUCUUUUGUACAAAACAACAACAAAAAAAGGUUUACUGAUUUUUUUUUUUUUUUGCAAUAUUUAUUGGUUGUAAAUAGAAGAGAUGAACUUGUACAUUUUACUAACCCAGAGUCCCCCGCCGUGCAGCCCAGUCCCUCUCCUGUUCCCCUCCUGCUAUUUAAGGCUGCUGGGAGAGAUACUCACAGCAGCAGUGUUGCUCUGCCCUGCUCACACAGCACCAACCCCUCUGGCCUCCUCCCUUCCUCGUUUCUUUACCACUAGUCACUCAAGCAGGGGCAGAGACGCUUGUUUUAAUGACUGUAGGAAACACUAACCAAAGGGGGGAGUUUUUUUUUCUUUUUGCCCCUGGACCUGCUGGCUCCAUUGCAUUUGAGCACUUCCUCCCAGCACAUCUUUUGUUUCCUGUCUGUCUGUGCUGCUGGUUAAGGGGGGGAAACGUGUUCCCUGCCUCCAGGAGAGAGGCUGGGAUGUAGCAACACUGCACAGUGCCACUCAGAGGAGCAGGGCUGGUGGCAGAACCAGAUGGAGUGAGGCUCCUUGUUUAUGAGCAUGGCUGGCAUUAGUUCUGCCAGCCCUCUGUCCCCUUGGGUGGCAUCACCUGGGUCACUAUGCCCACACUGCACAUGAUGGGAGCCCUUGGCACCCUGACGCAGGGGCUGCCUCCUGCCUCCCACCCUGCCCAGAGCCAGGCCCCUGCCUUUGGGUGCCAGCACUCCUGGGCCUCCCCCUGGCUCCAUGCUGCUCUGUGCCUGCCAGCUCCUGCCCACCCCACUGCCCCCCUCCCCUGCUGUUGGUGUCCCCUGGAAGCCCAGCAUCACCGGAGGGACUGGCUGUACCAUAUGUAUUUUGUACCACUUCAGUGAAGGAGCACACUGCCCAGUGUGACUUGUAUACAGCAAUGUAAUUAGUCUUUGCAAUAAAAUGUCAAUCCUCAAACAUCCCUGCCCUAAAGCAGGGGCUGUUCUGUCUUCCUUCCUGAAUUGCUGGCCUGCUCCUAGAGAAAGGGGAAUGGAUCUGAUUGUGGAGGUGGUGCUUGAGCCUGUUACUGUAUGGUAACCGUGCUGAGCUUUGUUUUGUGCUUGAAUGAAGAAACAAGGCUUUUUUGUUUGCAGGACCAGUGCCUGAUUUCAAGCAACUCUGUUCAUGUGAAUCUGUGUUGUUGAGACUGAUGCCUUUUCUGGUAGCAUAAAUGUGACAUCUGA